GAGGAGGAUUCGAGCGUGUGUGACCCUCAGUUUGACCGGAUGUUUGAGGUUAUUGAGUGAGAAACUGGUUGCAGGAUUGUGUAUGGAUGAGUUUGAGAGGGAGCUAUGGGAGACCAGCAUUGAGUUAGUAACAUUGGAGAAGCACUUCCCUUGUCGAAAGUGCUGCUGAUAACGGUGCCAUCUUCGUGGAGCAUCAGUUUUCCUUGACUAUUUGAAGGGCGGGGAGGAGCCAAGUGCCAGCUGUUUCAUAUCGAAAUUAAUCCUACAAAUGUAUCUGCAUUUGCAUUGAAUUAUACAGGUGGAAACAAGCUUUGGAGUCAGACGGCCUCUGUUAACUCCUUCCUCUGCCACUUUGUACCUUGGUAAUCUUAGAAGAAGCCUGAGAAGAUGAUGAGCAGAUAGAGGGGCAACAAGACUUGGAAAUCAAGUUGCAUCCAUCUUCAGUAAAGUACAGACUGAGGAAAAAAGCAGUGAAUGUAAGAAAAUUGGAAAAAUACUUCCUCUGAUCUCAGACCUUUUAUCUUUUAAGGCAACAUUCUUUUCAACUUACCUAGAAAAAAUUUGAAACACAAGACUUAAUCGUGAGGGACAUUGUGUAGGAACAAAUCAUCAAUUUUAUUGAUUUAAAAAUUUUGCCACACUUUCUCCUUAUGGUAAUAACCCUCUUUAAAUGUAAAUCAGUGUGGAAAUGCCUUCAGUUAAAAUAGUUUGAUCCCUAUCAGGUACCAGAACAUUCAUACUGGAUUCAUACCCUAUGAAGUAACUGAAUGUGGGAAAACUUUCACUUGUGUCACACCUUAUGAAAUGAAUGAAGUCAGGCUGGAGAAAAACCCUGUGCUUCUAAGGAAUAUUGAAAAGCCUUUAGCUAGAUGACAUUUCAUUGAGCAGAAAAAAAUUCAUACUGAAGAGAAACCACUGAAUAUAACAAAUCACUGAGUAUUAGAAUAUUUAUACUUUGAGAGAAAGCUUUGAAUUCAAUAAGAUAAAGUUCUAUCUUAAAUCUAUCCCUUACUUUACAUUUGAAAGUUCAUACACAGAGAAGCUCUACUAAUGUAAGAAAUGUGGAAAUACCUUCAGCCAAAAGUAAAUCCUCAUUCAUCAAAAAAUUUAUACUGGAGAGAGAAUUUGUGAAUGUUGGAAAGCUUCCUUUCAGAUGUCACACCACAGUCAGCAGAGAAUUUGUAGUGGGGAAAACCCCUUUGCUUGUAAGGUAUGUGGGAAAGUCUUCAGCCACAAAUCAAAUCUCACUGAGCAUGAGCAUUUUCAUAAUAAAGAGAAACCUUUUGAAUGUAAUGAAUGUGGGAAAGCCUUCAGCCAAAAGCAGUAUGUCAUUAAACAUCAGAACACCCAUACUGGAGAGAAGCUUUUUGAAUGUAAUGAAUGUGGAAAAUCGUUCAGCCAGAAGGAAAACCUUCUUACCCAUCAGAAAAUUCACACUGGAGAGAAGCCUUUUGAAUGUAAAGAUUGUGGGAAAGCUUUCAUUCAGAAGUCAAACCUCAUCAGACACCAGAGAACUCACACAGGAGAGAAGCCCUUUGUAUGUAAGGAGUGUGGCAAAACCUUCAGCGGCAAAUCAAACCUUACUGAGCAUGAGAAAAUUCAUAUUGGAGAGAAACCCUUUAAAUGCAGUGAAUGUGGAACAGCUUUUGGCCAAAAGAAGUACCUCAUAAAACAUCAAAACAUUCACACUGGAGAAAAACCCUAUGAAUGUAAUGAAUGUGGAAAAGCCUUCUCUCAACGAACAUCACUUAUUGUACAUGUGAGAAUUCAUUCAGGUGAUAAGCCUUAUGAAUGCAAUGUAUGUGGGAAAGCUUUCUCUCAAAGUUCAUCUCUUACCGUGCAUGCGAGAAGCCAUACAGGUGAGAAGCCCUAUGGAUGUAAUGAAUGUGGGAAAGCUUUCUCUCAAUUCUCAACCCUUGCUCUGCAUUUGAGAAUUCACACAGGUAAGAAACCUUAUCAAUGUAGUGAAUGUGGGAAAGCUUUCAGCCAGAAGUCACACCAUAUUAGACACCAGAAAAUUCAUACUCAUUAAAAACUCUAAAUAUCUUGAAAAUUGGAAAGCAAUUCGAUGGAGUUUACACCUAUGGCAAGCACAUCCGAAGUAAUCGUUCUUAAGGAAAGGGUCAGAAAUGAGGGAAGCAAAAGCUAAAAACUUAUGGGAUACCAGAGAAUUCAUACUGAAGAGAAAGACAUAAAAAUCCUAUGCCCAACAAAAUCCCACAGUAAAAGUAAUGCUGAAACUUCAGACACAUUUCCACUAAAAUUGGGAAUGGGAAACAUGCUUAUCAUUACUGUCUAUCUGCCUAGAUCUGGAGAUCUUCACCAUUGUAAUAAGAACAGUAAGUUGUAUGUGUUAGAAAGGCAAAUACUUUUAUGGUAUUGUUUUAGCAGAACAGAAGAGAUUUUGGAAUACCUAUGCAUUUAUUAGAAUUUAGAAUUGGAGAAGAAAAUGGGACUGUUUAAAAAAUGAUUUGGAGGUGAUUUGUUCUCCAAGGAAAAAAAGAUCAUGAACUAUGCACAAAGGUAAAAUCCAUGGGGCUUACCAACAGGAAUAUGGCCCAGCAGAUGUUGCUCAGUGGUUGAGCCUCAACCCAUGAACCACGAGGCCAGUAAUUCCAUUCCCACUCAGGGCACAGGCCUGGGUUGCGGGCUCGAUCCCCAGUGGGGGGUGUGCAGGAGGCAGUCAAUUUUGAUGUUUCUCUCCCUCUCUUGAAAUCAAUAAAAACACAUUAAAAAAACCAAACAGGAAUAUUGAAAAACUGUGUAGUGAAAUGGUUAUGACCCUGGGAGUAGGGAAACAUCCCUUAUAAUGAAUUAAAAAUAUUUAGCUUUUCUACUCUUGAGUUUGUAUGCUCAGGAAAUAUAUACCAGGCUAUUUACUGUGGUAUGAUUUGUAGUAGCCAUAAGUUGGAAACAAAUGCCCAUCAGUAAUAAAGUAGAAAGUACUUAUGAUGGGAUAUUAUGUAUCUGUAAAAUGUAACAAAUGAAAUCUAUAUGUGUUACAGAGAAUGGUAUAAAAAAUGUUGAGGAAAAUGAAGCCGCAGAAUGACAAUUAUGAUACCAUGACAUUUUUGUAAAUUUGAAUUAAAACUUCCCUUAUAAAAUUCAGUACUAUAUAUUGGUAAUAGAUACAUAUAUGUAUUUAUGUAUGUAUGUUUUUAAAAUGUUUUUGAAAUGGAUUGCAAGGAGACCAAACUCUUGAUAGGGGCUGCCUGUGAAGAGUUGAAAAAGGAAGGGGAUGAGUGUGGGAGGGGUGGAGUGAGGAAUUGGUUAAAGAGGACUUCAUUUUUUAUAUGUAAACAUCUACUUCUCUAAAAAACAGAAGAGACUGCUAGUAAAUACAUAUAUAAAAAUACUGAGUAGUUCUGGAUUGUGUUAUAUGGAUAUCGUGUCUUAUUUUUUUGUACUUUUCUGUAUUUUUCAAGUUUCUCAAAAUUAAUCAUGAGGGUGAGGAUGGGAUCACUGUACCUAUAGAAAUCAUGUUCCAAUGGAUUUAUUCCCAAUCAAAUGCUAAACUUUUUAUAGAAAAUAUUUCUAAAAUUUAACAAUGAUGAGUAGACGGACUUGUUCUGUAUGUAGUAUGAAAUUAUCUAUUUUAUUAAAAUUAAGAAUGAUAGCAUAAUCCAAAUCUGUUUAAUUUAUUUUUACAUGUCAGUGUAUACUGUGUGUUUGUCUACUCAUUUUACAACAUAUCAUUUGAGCUUAAAAAUGUUGAUAACUUGUAAAGUUUACACAGCCUUCGUGUAACUUGUCUUUUUAGAUAAACUUUCUGGAAUGUCAAAUUUACUGUCCUAUAAAUUACCUUGGGAACAGUGUGUGCAUUAAAAAUAAGUUUGUGAUUGUUUUCUUUUCAAAAGAAAA